GUCGGACCUGCGCGAGAGGUAUCCGAAGCUGGAGACCCAGCUGGCACUUGCCUGUAGCUUCUUCGGCCUCAGCAGCGACUGUCUUCGCAGUGCUGCGCUGGCCCCUGCCGUGCGCCGCACGGAGGAAGAGAUCUUCGUGUCCUCGGCACAAAGCUUCGAG